GGUGGCGCGGUUGCCCGCUGCCAUGGAGACGCCGGGCCUGGCGGGAGCCGGGCUCCUGGCGGCCGCUCUCUGCCUCGGCCUCUCUCUGUGGAUGCGGAAAAUCAGCGGCGAAAUCAGGGGACGUGAGCGGCAGCGCCUGGGCUUGUGGUUGGCGCCGGCGGCGGGAGAGGGAGAGGGCGCGGCGGCGGGCGGGGGCCUGUCCCCGCCUGUGACCGGGGGCCUGAGGCCGGCGCUGCUGGUGAUCGCUCACCCGGACGACGAGUGCAUGUUUUUCGCUCCGGCCGCGGUCAGGCUGGUGGGCUGCGGGGUCCCCGUGCGGGUCCUGUGUUUGUCGGCAGGGAAUUUCUACAAUCAAGGGGAGAUUCGUAAGAAAGAGCUACUGGAGAGCUGUGGUGCUCUAGGAAUCUCCUUGUCCCAUAUAACCGUCCUAGACCACAGAGAUCUUCCGGAUCAUCCAAGAGUGCAAUGGGACCGGGACCUUGUCUCGUCACUUAUCUUGAGAUACAUCCAAUCGCAUCACAUCGGCCUGGUACUAACAUUCGAUGAAGGAGGAGUGAGCGGACAUGUCAAUCACAUCGCUGUCUACUAUGCUGUCAGGAAGCUUUGCUCAGAGCGGAAGCUACCGGUGGGGUGCCGGGUUCUUGUACUAGAAUCCACCAACAUCAUUCGGAAAUACAUCUCCAUCCUGGACCUGCCGAUCAGCUGGCUAAGACCUCAUGAUAUGAUAUACAUAUUAUCUAGUGAGGAAUAUCAACAGGCCAGGAACGCUAUGCUCUGUCAUCGAAGUCAGCUGCUCUGGUUCCGCCAUAUCUACCUACGAAUUUCUCGUUACAUGCUUAUAAAUACACUGAACCAAAUUUCCUGAUAAACUUCGGAUCAGGAUCAUUGCCCUUCAAAUGUAUUGGAUUCUGUUUAUCAAAGUGAUGAAAAAUCCUGUUUUUCUGGGCAGUUUGAUUCUUUGCAGAGAUGUUUGAAGAUAGUGGGGAAAAAAGCCCAAAACAAUAUUAUCAAUAAGCACUUUAAUACAAGUCUGAGCGGUAUCUAGUACAUGAAUACCAGGCACAAAGUGUCUUUCAAAAGCAGUGUCAAAC